AUGGGCAUGGAUUUAGCAUUUCCCUUCAUGAAUGUCUUUGUUUUGUUUGCCACACUUGAUUUUGCUUUUUCUCUGGAUUCAGUAGGUAAUUGCAUUCUUGAUAUUAAAAACCCUUCCUCCACCAAGGAGCCAAAUUGCGAAUUAGGCAACUGGGGUGGGUUCAUCAAUAGCAGUUGCUGUGGAGGAGCCUUUGAACAAUACCUUCUUGCACUUGGGCGGCGAGCAAGCCUUACAAAAGCCAUUUACUUGAAUUCCACGCAACAAAGCAACUGCUUAUCAGCAAUGGCGAGCUUCGAGAAAGAUGUAUACGGCUGUGGUAUUCAGAAGCUAACAAGUGGAGCCAGCAGCUGUUCAGACUAUACAGUCACCAAUGUUAUCAAUAAGCUAGGAGAUAGAUUCCAAAACUUUCAAGAAGAUUGUAAGGUGUUACGCACCGGUCGUGGAGUGGAACAUUUGUGCAAUUCAUGUUUAAGAAGAUGGGAAGAGAUUAAUGGAUCAUCAGACUAUAAACAGCAUCGUGCUAUUGAUGAUGAUGAUGAUAUAUGUAGAUUUGCAGCAUUGGUAUCCAUGAUAAGCAAUAGGGUUGAGGAUGAGAACUGGGUCUAUGCAGUCUUUCAAUGCCUCAGAGAAAGUGCUUUUUCCUUGGAUGAACAUGAAGGCACCGCUAACGAUAAUAUCCAUAAAAGAGGUUUUUGGGUCUUAAUUGGUGGAUUAGCAGGAGCUUUGAUAAUAGUAGUCAUUGCUACAUGGAUCUGCUACAGAAAAAGGAAAGAACAAAGCCUGGGAAAAGAAUCGGAUUUCUCCGAGAAUUCCGGCUCUCAGAAAAUUUCAAUCAAAGAACUUUAUUCAGCAACAAACUAUUUCAAUGCAUCAAACUUCAUUGGCCAAGGCAUAGCUGGAAAAGUAUACAAGGGUCUUCUCUCAAAUGGUCAGUACGUUGCGAUUAAGCACAUCAUCAAUGAUGGACAGAUAGAAACCUUCGUGAGGGAAGUCAGAAGCCUAUCACAUAUCAAGCAUCCGAAUCUUGUAGCUUUGGUUGGCUAUUGUGAGAAUGAAGAUGAAUGCUUCCUAGUCUAUGAACUGUGCCAUCAUGGGAACCUAUCAGAGUGGCUAUAUGGGAAGGAUAAAGGUCUUUCAUGGAUUCAAAGACUAAAGAUUGCAAUUGACAGUGCAAGGGGACUCUGGUUUCUCCACACUUACCCAGAAGGCAGCAUUGUUCAUCGUGAUAUCAAGCCAACAAAUAUCCUAAUCAAUGAUAAAUUUCAAGCAAAACUAGCAGAUUUCGGUUUGUCUAAAGUUAUGGACAUAGGCCAAUCCCAUGUGAGCUCAGAAGUGAGAGGAACAUUUGGUUAUGUUGAUCCCGAGUACCGUAGAAACCACCGUGUGAAUGUCUCUGGGGAUGUUUACAGUUUUGGUAUAGUACUUCUUCAACUUUUGUCAGGGCAGAGGGUGCUUAAUAUGAAUCUUCACAGACCAUUGCCUCUAAGUAAAAUGGCAAAAGUACUCACUAGGGAAGGGGACACAACCAAGUUUGCAGACCCGAAACUUAACGGGGAAUACUCGUUAGAAGCUUUCGACCUUGUGCUCAAGCUAGCUUUGUCAUGCAUAGGGAUAAAGCAGGAAAGGCCAUCCAUGGAGCAGGUGGUGUUAAGACUACAAAAAGCACUUAAUAUCUCAAUACAAGCAAAGCCAGUUGCAUCCCGUGGAAAAAUCAUAUACUAAAGCUCUAAAGAGGAGAUACAAGAGACAUAAUUCUUCAUGUUUGUAGAGAUUGUUUUAGAUAAAGUGUAGUAGCAUAAUCUUUUAUUACUAACAUGGAAAAAGGACACGUACAACACGGUUGAAGAAGUUUAUACAUGAUACUACAAUACAACGAAUGGAAUGUGUUUUACAUCAUUGUAUUACAGUCUUGUGACCUUAUUAUGAACAAACCCUAAAAAAAAUUGAAAUGCUAAAUUACUGUUGUUUUUCACUCAGCUUCAUAAAAAAAGGCAGAAGCUGAGUGGAUUAGCUCUUCAAAAAACCGAGCUAAUAAAAGGAAGCAAGCGAUGUACACACUUAUCUGUAUUUACAUGGAAAUAUUUCAGGAAUAAAUUGGAUUACGGAUUACCAUACGUGAACGAAUUGUUCUCGGGGAAGAACUGGAGUCACUGAAGCUGAGGAGCUGUUGUUUUCAUAAAA